CUCCAUUUGUGCAAAUUUUAUUGUGUUUUUGUAUUAAUAUGCUCUAUAUGUGCGUUGUUGUUGUGCUUAAAAUGCUAGGCUGAAUCAGAUAUCUAAACAACUGUUAAUACUUAUGAAACAAUUACAAGUAUAAAAUUAGAUUUGUGUGGCUCGUUGCUCAUUAGCCUUAGUUGACAAUACCAGCUCAAUGACCGAUUUUAUUAAAUGAAUGUGUCUUUCAUCGCGGAUGGUGUCGCAUCCAAACGUAUCUCCAGAAUCUUAUUACCUUCGUAUGCAUAUAUGUGUUGAAUAUACAUAUUCUCUGAUACAUACAUGCUUUUGUGAAAUCUAUUAUUAAGAAAUUCUAUUAUAAAUUAUGCAACUUGAAAUAUUUUUGCUCUUUAGCUCCUUUAAUUUGUUUACUUUAUCACUAUUCAAGGCGAUUGGAUAUGAACCUUGAGAUUCACGGACAACUGCCUUGUGCCAGACUAAGUUCACAUACAUACAUACGUAUGGAUGCGCUCAAAAUAUACUCAUUUAUACAUGUUGGCCUAUUAUUAGUAUGUCGCUGUAAUAAAAUUCUCUUAUUUAUGGAAUUCCGUAGAAAUGUUUAAAUUUGAAAUGCUAAUUGUUUAAAACGCUUUCAUUUCUACGACACAGAGAAUUUAAAAAAAAUUAUGCGAUGGAAACAUUCCGAUUUAAGAACACAAUUGACUGUAGUCAAAUGUGUUUAAUAUAUAAAACUCGCCAUAUUUGACAUGUUUAUAAAAUAAAAUAUAGUUUUAGUUUUUGCAUAAAGUUUUACACCAAUUGAGACAAAUUUUUGUAGAUGUGUUUCUGAUAAACUUUUCGUGAGUCCAGUAAUUCACUUGCUGGUAAAUGUUUUGUUUAUGUGUGCAUAUGUAUGUACGUACAUUUCACAAAAAAUAUAAACAUAAUUUUGUCGAGUACAAAUAUUUUUAAACAAUUCUGAAUAUUUUAUGCUUAGAAUUUUAGCAACGUUUUACUGCUCUCUGCAGUUGUGGAAAUAAUCAUACAAUUAGUAGUCGCUCUACGUAUACCAUUAACUGACUAUGCGCUUCAUUCAGUCGGAACCAUAUUAUGAGGGUCUUCCACCAUUUAAUGUGUCGGGUAGUCCCUUCAGUGUCGUUCCGAUACACAAUUAUCCCGAGCUAAUGAAGAAGACAUGCGAGCUGAUUAACUCUGAAUGGCCGCGAAGUGAGACAGCUCGCAUGCGUUCGCUUGAAGCUUCCUGUGAUACACUGCCCUGCAGCUUAGUUUUAACUACGGACGGGAUGAAUCGUGUUAUUGCUCAUUGUAAAUUAAGUCCAAUACCGUCCAAAAAGAUGGCCUGCUUCAUUGAGUCGGUAGUGGUGGACAAAAGUUGUCGUGGACAAGGUUUUGGUAAAUUAAUUAUGAAAUUUGCGGAAGACUAUUGUCGAAUUGUGUUGGAUUUAAAAGCAAUUUAUUUAUCAACUAUCGAUCAAGAUGGUUUCUAUGAACGUAUCGGUUAUGAGUACUGUGCGCCCAUUUCAAUGUAUGGGCCGCGUCAUUGUGAGCUGCCCAGUUUAGAGAAUGCCAAAAAGAAAUACAUGAAGAAAGUUUUAUAGAUAUCAAUGCCAGUAUUUUUGAGAAAAACGAAUGGCAAUGUGAAAGCUGGUGAUUUGGAUAUUGGCGAAAUUACGAAGAGAAUGGAGAUCACUUCCAGAGGAGGUUACGUUUACACGCUUUACAGCUUUUAAAGAAAAUAUGCUAUAACUAGAAAAUACUGUAUCGAAGAAACGCACAAGCUUAUGUCGAUAUUAUUAACAAAUUAAAUUUGUUUUGAACGAAGGAAAUGAAUUACGGACUGUAAAUAGAGAAAGUAUUUAGAUGAUAAAACUAAAAAAUUGAAAUGAGUACAUUUUGUGCCAACUCGGUUAAAUGUCAGCUCUCUCUUCGGAUCAUUCGCUAAUCAAGCAGCCAUGCGUUUUGAUGCACUACAAAUAAUUCCAUUAAUAUACGUACAGACUUUUACUGCUAUUGAUUUCUUAAUAUUGCUUUUUGAUUGUAUUUUAAAGUUUGUGUUUAAUUUUUCUGAUAAGCUAAUAAGAGCUGUAGUAUUGCUGGCUAUGUAUUAGCAUUAUCUUUGGCACUCUCGACAAACUAUUUUGCACUUAUUGUUUAUUAAUUAUAACUGUUAUUAAUUUGUACUAGUUUUUCGAAAUCAGUCUUUGUGUUUAUGAAAUCAAAUAAAUUAAAAAAAUAUAUUUUUAUU